CUGUAUUUCCAGCGGAGGUAUCCAUACGAGUAUGUCUGAAACUUCCUUGAACCCAUAUGCGGUUUAUGAUUAGACGAACCGGCAUUUCCCACAGCUACCCGUUAUUGGUCAACACAAGAUUUCGUUUAAACGAUUCUGGUUUUUUCAACGUCAACACAAAAUGAAAGAGAAGGGAGAGAAAGAGAGAGAGAGAGAGCAGGCUUUUUUGAUAUAGAAACCAUAUAGAUAAUAUCAACACAACACAAUGACGAAAAAGGAGGAAUCGCAAUUACCUCAAGCAGGUGAUUUUCAGUCAAGGGAAGGAUCUGCAGUUGAUGAGACCCGAAAGUAUGGCUACCUUGAUUUGUUCAGAUACUCAACAGCUUGCGAACGCUGUGUGUUCGUAUUCAGUUUACUGGUGGCCACCGCUUCAUCCUUCUUUAUUCCCUACUUUAUGAUCAUCUAUGGAGAAUUCACAUCCCUUUUGGUGGAUCGAACAGUGGCCGUGGGCACUUCCUCGCCCACCUUUGCACUCCCAAUGUUUGGAGGUGGCAAGCAAUUAACAAAUGCCAGCAAAGAGGAGAACAGACAGGCCAUCAUCGAUGAUGCCACAGCCUUCGGAAUUGGCAGUCUUGUGGGUUCGGUGUCCAUGUUUCUCCUCAUCACACUUGCCAUCGAUCUGGCCAACAGGAUAGCCCUCAACCAAAUCGAUCGCAUUCGAAAGGUCUUCCUGGAGGCCAUGUUGCGACAGGACAUCGCUUGGUAUGACACCAGUUCGGGAUCCAAUUUCGCCAGCAAAAUGACAGAAGAUCUGGACAAACUGAAGGAGGGCAUCGGCGAGAAAGUGGUGAUCGUGGUCUUCCUGAUCAUGACCUUCGUGAUCGGCAUCGUGGCCGCCUUCCUCUACGGAUGGAAGCUCACCCUGGUGGUGCUGAGUUGUGUGCCCUUCAUCAUCGCGGCCACGAGUGUGGUGGCCCGACUCCAGGGAUCCCUGGCCGAGAAGGAGCUGAAGGCCUACUCGAAUGCGGCCAACGUGGCGGAGGAGGUGUUCAGUGGAAUCCGAACGGUGUUCGCAUUCAGUGGACAGGAGAAGGAGAACGCUCGGUUCGCAAAGCUGCUCAUUCCCGCGGAGAAGACGGGUCGCAAGAAGGGUCUCUACUCGGGAAUGGGCAACGCCCUCUCCUGGCUGAUCAUCUACCUCUGCAUGGCCCUGGCCAUUUGGUAUGGCGUUACCCUAAUCCUGGACCAACGCGAUCUCGCCGAUCGCACUUACACUCCUGCCGUGCUGGUGAUUGUCCUGUUUGCCGUGAUCAUGGGUGCCCAGAAUCUCGGAUUCGCCUCGCCCCAUGUGGAGGCCAUCGCAGUGGCCACGGCAGCCGGGCAAACCCUGUUCAACAUCAUCGAUCGGGCCUCGAAGGUGGAUCCCAUGGACGAGAAGGGCAUCCGACCGGAGAGCUCCACGGGCCACAUCCGCUUCGAGGGCAUCCACUUCCGCUAUCCCGCUCGACCCGAUGUGGAGAUCCUCAAGGGCCUCACCGUGGAUGUGCUUCCGGGACAGACGGUGGCAUUCGUUGGAGCUUCUGGGUGUGGCAAGAGCACCCUCAUCCAGCUGGUGCAGCGGUUCUACGACCCCGAAGCCGGCAGCGUUAAACUGGACGGACGGGAUCUCCGCUCGCUGAAUGUCGGCUGGCUGCGAUCGCAGAUCGGAGUGGUGGGCCAGGAACCGGUUCUCUUCGCCACCACCAUUGGCGAGAACAUCCGAUACGGAAGACCAGCGGCCACGCAGGCGGACAUUGAGAAGGCGGCGCGUGCCGCCAAUUGCCAUGACUUCAUCAGUCGUUUACCCAAGGGAUACGACACCCAGGUGGGCGAGAAGGGAGCCCAGAUCUCCGGUGGCCAGAAGCAGCGCAUUGCCAUUGCCCGGGCGCUGGUGAGACAACCCCAAGUGCUGCUCCUGGAUGAGGCCACCUCUGCACUGGAUCCCACCUCCGAGAAGCGGGUGCAGAGUGCCUUGGAGUUGGCUAGCGAAGGACCCACCACCUUGGUGGUGGCCCACCGCCUGUCCACCAUCACGAAUGCCGACAAGAUCGUGUUCCUCAAGGACGGAGUGGUGGCGGAGCAGGGCACCCACGAGCAGCUGAUGGAGCGGAAGGGUCUCUACUGCGAACUGGUGAACAUCACCCAGCGGAAGGAGGCCACCGAGGAGGACGAGGGGGCGGUGGUCGGGCGACCUCUGCAAAAGUCGCAGAACCUGUCCGACGAGGAGACCGACGAUGACGACGACUUGGACGACGAGGAGGAGGACGGCGAGCCGGAGCUGCAGACCUCAGGAAGUAGUCGGGACAGCGGAUUCAGGGCCAGCACGCGACGCAAGCGUCGCUCGCAGCGUCGCAACAAGAAGAAGAAGGAGAAGGAGGUUGUGCCCAAGGUGUCCUUCACCCAGUUGAUGAAGCUGAACUCUCCGGAAUGGAAACUAAUCCUGGUGGGCAGCAUCGCCUCCGUGAUGCACGGAGCCACCUUCCCACUUUGGGGUCUCUUCUUCGGCGACUUCUUUGGAAUUCUUUCGGACGGCGACGAUGAAGUAGUGCGCACCGAAGUCCUUAAGAUCUCUAUGAUCUUCGUUGGGAUUGGCUUGAUGGCGGGAUUGGGCAACAUGCUGCAGACCUACGUGUUCACCUCAGCUGGUGUGAAAAUGACAUCGCGCCUGCGUAAACGGGCUUUUGCAACAAUUGUGGGUCAGGACAUUGCCUACUUUGAUGACGAGCGGAACUCGGUGGGAGCUCUCUGCUCCCGAUUGGCCAGCGAUUGCUCAAAUGUUCAAGGGGCAACUGGAUCCCGUGUGGGCACCAUGCUGCAGGCAGUGGCCACCUUAUUGGUCGGCAUGAUCAUCGGAUUCGUGUUCUCCUGGCAGCAGACGCUCCUCACCCUGGUCACCCUGCCCCUGGUGUGUUUGUCUGUCUACCUGGAGGGUCGGUUCAUCAUGAAGAGUGCCCAGAAGGCCAAGGCCUCUGUGGAGGAGGCUUCCCAAGUGGCCGUCGAAGCCAUCACCAAUAUCCGAACCGUAAAUGGACUUUGCCUGGAGCGACAGGUGUUGGGUCAGUACGUGGAGCAGAUCGAUCGAGUGGAUUCCGCCUGCAGGCGAAAGGUUCGCUUCCGCGGUCUGGUCUUCGCCCUGGGACAAGCUGCUCCCUUCCUGGCCUACGGCAUCUCCAUGUACUACGGUGGCAUUCUGGUGGCUGACGAGCGAAUGGACUACGAGGACAUCAUCAAGGUGGCCGAGGCUCUGAUCUUCGGCUCCUGGAUGUUGGGACAGGCGCUGGCCUACGCCCCGAAUGUGAACGAUGCUAUUCUGUCCGCUGGACGUCUGAUGGAUCUGUUUACGAAAACCUCCACGCAGCCAAAUCCGCCACAGAGUCCCUACAACACAGUCGAGAAAUCCGAGGGCGACAUUGUCUACGAGAAUGUGGGCUUCGAGUAUCCGACGAGGAAGGGAACUCCCAUUCUGCAGGGCCUCAAUCUUACGAUCAAGAAGUCGACGACGGUGGCUCUGGUGGGUCCUUCCGGAUCUGGAAAGUCCACCUGCGUGCAGCUGCUGCUCCGCUACUACGAUCCCGUCUCGGGAUCAGUGAACCUGAGUGGAGUGCCCAGCACUGACUUCCCACUGGAUACACUGCGCUCCAAAUUGGGAUUGGUAUCCCAGGAACCCGUGCUGUUCGAUCGCACCAUUGCCGAGAACAUUGCCUAUGGCAACAACUUCCGGGACGAUGUGUCCAUGCAGGAGAUCAUCGAGGCGGCCAAGAAGUCGAACAUCCACAACUUUGUGAGUGCCCUGCCCCAAGGAUACGAGACUCGGCUGGGCAAGACUUCCCAGCUUUCCGGAGGUCAGAAGCAGCGCAUCGCCAUCGCUCGAGCGCUGGUGAGGAAUCCCAAGAUCCUCAUCCUGGACGAGGCCACCUCGGCGCUGGACUUGGAGAGCGAGAAGGUGGUGCAACAGGCUUUGGAUGAGGCACGAUCUGGAAGAACCUGUCUCACGAUCGCCCAUCGUUUGACCACCGUGCGAAAUGCGGAUCUCAUCUGCGUCUUGAAACGAGGAGUUGUCGUGGAACACGGAACUCACGAUGAGCUGAUGGCCCUGAAUCGCAUCUACGCCAAUCUCUACCUGAUGCAACAGGUUGCAAGCUAAGCAGCGGACUUGGGGUGAUAAUAGUUUUAGGCUUUAAUUUAGUAUGUACACUAGGCUAAUAGAACAUGUAAAAGUAUUACGACAAAAUAGAAUAAAUAGACGAUUAACUACA